AGAGUUUGGCUCAGCACAGAUGCUUUAGACUCUAGACUCAGCAGUGGCCGGGUGAUGAGGUCAUGCUGCUUCGUAUCCUUCUGGCUGGCCUGGCCCUGUUAGCUGCAGUCUACAUUCUGAAGGCAUCACUCCUGCAACUCACUGACGAGGGCAUAGAAGCGGAGUCAUGGGAUGCAGGUGGAAACCUCAGUGACCUGGACCUUGCCCAGAGAGCUUUUAGAACUGGCGACGAUGACAAGGCCUUUGCCCUACUCACCGCCUGUUUGAGCGACGAGGAGAAGUCGCAGCUAGAUGCGGCUGCAUGCAAGACCUUGCUUGGGGAGCUGUACUUUGUCGGAGGAGGGGUGCCUCGAAAUCUCACGAAGGCAAAAGAACUUUGGGAGGAGGCAGCAGAGGUAGGGGAGCCAGAUGCCCAGUACAACCUGGGCAUCCUCUAUGCGAACAUGCCAGCUUCCAAUGAUCAGCUGCGCCGAAAUGAGGCUUUGGCGGUCUUGUACCUUUAUGCCGCAUCAACAGCAGGACAUCCGGGUGCUUUGAUGGCAAUGGGAUAUAGACACCUCCACGGCUACGGUGUUCCACAGGCUUGCAGUACAGCAGCCUUGAACUACAUCGAUGUGGCCAAGGGCGUGGCUUCCAUCUACAGUUCAGGGAUGCCACAGGCGGUAGAGCUUGUUCGACUGAACCUGCCGCAUAAGGAUAGAAAGGUUCUCAGCUCAUCGGAGUUGAACCUCUUUGUGCAGAUUGCCACCAGCGGCGACAGUACGGUCGCAGCAGCGAUUGGUAAACGGUAUCUCUUGGGCAUCGAAGGUUUUAAGCAGGACUUCCAGAAGGCCAAGCAGUAUCUCAAUCUUGCAGCUGAGCGACACCAUCCAGGAGCUUUAGCACUUCUUGGCUAUAUCUACUGCCUAGGCCUUGGGACGCCGGUGAACUUGGAUACGGCCUAUGCCUACUUUGCGACGGCGGCGUCACACAAUGACCCGUUAGGUCACAAUGGCCUUGGCUAUAUCUACUUCCGAGGGACCAAUGCUCAGGGACGGAAUUUGAAGCUGGCCUUCAGCCACUUCAACGAGUCGGCCUACGGCGGUUCGUCCGAUGGAAUGUUCAAUCUGGCGAGCAUGUACCUCACUGGUACGGCUGUCCAGGAGUCAUUCCAAAUGGCUGUGCUUUACUAUGCUCAGGCGCUAGAUCGGGGGCACACCCCGGCUGCUUACUCUUUGGCUGUGAUGCAUCUCAACGGCAUCGGGACAGUACGAGACUGUGACAUCGCUGUCAACCUCUUAAAGAAGGUGUGCGAGCGAGGAGAAUGGGUCUCCAGCAAACUGGUUAGUGCCUAUGACUUCGGCGACAAACAUCCGAACAAAGCGGCGUUGAUGUUUUUGAAGCUCGCGGAAGCUGGGCACGAGGUCUCGCAGAUGAAUGUGGCCUAUCUAUUUGACAGUGGGCAUGCCAACUUGUUCUCACCUGAAGAAGGUGAAAAACCGCCUGCUAAAGCGGACGAUUACUUUUGGGAGGACGACUCAAGAUCAUUUGGGCGGAAUAUCGCACAGCGAUUCUAUGAGAUGUCCGCGGAGCAAGGAAGCGCUUCCUCAGAGCUCCGCCUCGGCGAUUAUGCCUACUAUGGCUGGGGCAAGUCAGCCAGCUUUACAGAGACGGCAUCGCCUGAUGGAGAUAAGCACGAUCAAGGUGAAGAUUGGCUUGAUUUCCCUUUACCGCCGUCUUACAACAUAGAGCUUCGACCUCAACCCGUUGACUAUGAGGCAGCUUUGGCGAGAUAUCGCAAAACUGCUGACUUAACCGUCACGGGCGAAUGGAUGCAAUCCUUUGUGGCGAGAGCUUCCUUCAAUCUGGGCUUCAUGCAUCAGUUCGGCAUCGGCAUUGCACAGGACAUCAUUCUUCCGACAAAAUAUGCCAUGAAGCAGUAA